AUGGCUCAUCCGGAUAUGUCUUCGUACCCGCGGUCAGCGCGCUCGCACAGUAUCUCGAGCGACAGACCCUCCCUUACUGGCUUUGGGGGGCUCCUGUCACCGCCAAUGUCAAUAUCCCCGGAUCCGGUAUUUAUUGCAGCAUCCGCAGCGUCCCAAAUUGUGACAAAUGAUCACGAUAGCCGAUCCGAGAGCUGGUUUGACCAGCAUGGCAUUGAACCUUCGGGUGAGACUGCGCUGGUCGCGCCGGCGGCCUUGAAGUUAGUAAAUCGCUUUCUGGACCAGCUCCUAUUCAACUUCCUCUCGGUCGCCAAAUAUACAUCGCUUGCAGCACUCCGACCGGCUGUAGCCGAGGUCCUAAAGCCCAAGCUGGCAAAAGAUGCGAUCAAUGGCGCCGAUCAGGAGUUGCACGAGUACCUGGGCGGCGGAGACGAUGAAGAAAUUAUGGCACUUCACAACGGGCAGGAGGGAAAUGGUGACUGGGAUCUAGAGCUGAUCUGGAAGCGUACACGGCUACGUUGCAUGGUUUAUUCGUCACUUGGUGAUAUGGAGGAGGAGGACGAGGACUUCUACAUGGAGCGCGAAAACUUGGAAACUCCUUCAGGCUCGACCGGCCAGUUCACCAACACCUCAGGCCCUCUAUCGCCUGCCGUGGCUAUAUUCCUCACGUCUAUCUUAGAAUUCAUUGGGGAGCAAGUUCUGGUUGUAGCAGGCCAGGCAUCAUACCAGCGAUUGAAAGCGAAGCUAGAAAAGGAGGCUAAGGACGGUGCUAGCACACCUACUGACAUUGCAGAGCGUGUUGUAGUAGAGGAGUUCGAUAUGGAGCGUGUCGCGCUGGACAGGACACUUGGCCGGCUGUGGAGGGGGUGGAAGAAGCGCGUGCGCUCCCCUACGAACUCGAUUUCCAUGACCCGCUCGUUCUCCCGAGACUCUCUAGCAUCGCAACCGCAGACCAGCCGAGCAGGCAGCAUUGCUCCCGAAGAAUUGAUUGAAGAUGAAGAUCGGAGGCCAUCCCUUGCCACGGUGCUUGCAGAGUAUGAACACGCUGCUGCCAUCCCCAUUCCUACGUCCGCCAAUGAUAUUAGAGAAAUUGAGAUUCCAGGUCUUGCAGUUCAGAGUGACGAUGAAGAUAGCGAUGCUUCAUCCGACGAUGAAGAGGCUUCCGCAACUCGACCAAAGAGCAUGAUAUUCUUCAACCACCAGGAUCCGCCGAACCCUACAUCAACCCAUCUUCAAAGACCUUCGAUAUCACAACAGAGAACGAGAUCCAACUCUCUGCCUCCCCCCGCCCGGAAAUCGUACACUCCUUCGAAGCAACCAAUCCAGCAAGAGGAAGAACUUCCCCAGGAAGCUGAGACCAAGCAAUUGGAGGGAGAAAUCCAAGAUCCGAAUGCCGAAUCAGACACCGAAUCAGACACUGACACAGAUAUUGAUUCUGAUGCUGAUAUCUCCGACGACAUCGGUGAAUCGGAUGGCGAAGAAAAUGCAACAGCAGGCCACCAUAAAGAUGUACUAGCCAAUGCUGUACCAAGCGCAGCUACAGCAGCAGUUGGGGCCGGCGCUGUCACUGGCAUAGUAGCCGCGGCCAACCGGCAUGCCCCUCAGUCUGGUCUCGACAGCAAUCUAGAAACUGACACGGACGAAGAGUUUACUGAAGAGCCGAAAAUCAUGACAUCGUCUCGCAUUUCUAUUGGAGAUCGUAUUUCUCCUGAUGAUGUUAACGCCUCGCUACGGCACACAAAUAGCCGAUCUCAUAGUAUCCAUUCACUCCGUGUCAUCGAGGUCUCAUCCAAAAGCCCAACAAUUUCGCGGACCAGUUCUGUAUCCCGAGCCAGCAGCAUACACUCUCCCCCUGCGGAUUCGCAGGCAGCUAAGGUUGCAAGUUCAACAUCCCACAACUCUGGUGUUGGUGGUCUGCAUGUCCGCGGCAAAUCUGCUUUAACGCCACCUCCUGCCAGGAGCAGUGCUGGGGGAUCCAUUUCAGAAGUCGAAGAGAAGGACUUUUACGAAUCAGAUGAGGAGCAGAUGACCGCGAUACCAGCAGAACUCGCCGCUGCCAUGCAGGGAGUUGACGUCGACCUAAGCCCGCCUCACUCUCAUAUCACAUCAACUGAAGUCAACAGAGAACCCAAGCCUCAACCGGCCAAGUUUUUGCUGGCUGCAGCGCCCCCGCCCCGGAAUCCACAAGAAUCAAAGGUGUCCACAAAUGACUAUCAACACAGCCAGACCAAUGGUCGAUCAGCAGUGGCUCACAAAGUUUCUGCUAUUGAGACUAGUGCUCCCCCUCUAACUCCGCUACGAGAGACGAUGGAAGUGGCCCAGGAUUCUCACGAUGCGUCGAGACCUGUAGCUGCGUAUAACCAUGUUCGAACCCCGUCUGAACGUGGCGUGAAUGGGCGCUAUUCGCCUCCAGCACCGAUCUCUAUAAUAACCAACAUACAACGACAAAUAGAGUCACCCAAAUCGCUCCGUCCCCAAAAUAAGAUUAUCACUCGAGGCUCUCCGCCCCGUUCAACGCCGGAGGAAUACGGAAGAAAGUUACCGGAUCAGCCCAGGAGUCAAAGAUCUGUACAUACUCAGAGCUCUGGUUCUUCUUCUUCCCACAAGAUCAGACCUACGCGAGCCUCUGAGGAUGGUGGUUCAGUUUCAGCUUCGGAUAAGGGCCAAAGCUUUGAGCAACUCAUUAGAAGCGACCAGACCAUUCAAUACACUCUCACGCCGGAGAAUAUGCGCAGCAUUGAGUCCCCAAGUAGCCUCCAGAGCACUAUUAAGAAUAGCCAAGAGAGACCACCGACAAACCGAUCGCACUCCUCAUCAGUGGGCAAGUUCGCAGGUUUGCGGUCAAAUCCGACAGAAGCAUCUUCUCAAUCGACCAGUACAACGCCCAGGGCAAAACCUCGUUCAAAUGGACCUCAACCUCGAGAUGCGCGGGCGGAUAGAGAUUCCAUUGGGGACUUUGCUGAUUUCAUCAGAAGCACAGGCCCGGCAAAUUCCUACGAACCAAUACCACCCCGAUCUACACAGACUCAUCGUGGUGCGAAUGGCACUCCACGCAAUUUCAGUGCAUCUAAUCCUCGUCCGCCAACUGUAACGUCUAUUAAACGUUCGGAGUCAUCUCUCGGUCGAAAGAAGCUCCAGGCUCGGGAUGCGGUGACGUCCAGAGAAGAUAGUAUCAGCGACUUGAUUGACUUCGUGCGGUCAGGCCCACAGCUUGAGAAGCAAGGACAUCGAAUUCCCCGUACCGUGGCGCCUUUCCGAACUACCAUGGACUCAGACCAGAUGGCUGGUGCUAUUGGUGGCAAGGCAAUCGAUGCCACCUUGCCUGAUCCACGAAAUAGCCAAGCAUCGAACUCAGUGAAUAGCUCUGUUCAUUCGCAAAGUGCUCUCUUGAAAAAUGCCACCGCCAGCAAGCCCUCCUCAAACCAGAACCAAUGGGACGCUGAUGAGGAGGAUAUGAUGCCGAAGCGAAAGACUCGAAGAGUCCGUGAUCCAUAUGCUAUCGACAUCUCCGACGAGGAAGAUGAGUUCAAUGAGGCUCCUACGAGGCCCAAACCCGUUCAAGAAGAGAGUCUUGCCGACUUCCUUCGGAAUGUUCCUCCCCCGAACCCAACUGUCACACCCAUCUAUCAAACCGGCCCGAAGUUACCCAGCAAGGAUAUCAAAAAGAAGUCGAGCACUCCUAGCCUCAUGUCACGUUUUGGUCGCAGUGGCUCCAUAUCAGGCCAAAAGUCCAACUCAAUUAGUGGACGGUCAUUGAAUUCAAGAAGUGGAGCAACCAGCUCCAUGAGUGGGAAAACUAAUACCUCCGUAUCCUCCAACUCAAAACCCGGGAGACCCAACUAUACACCGAUUGCAGCGAAGUUCACUAGUACCACCACUGCACCGCGGGAAGCCAACUAUCGCAGCGAGAAUUAUUCAGAGCAGGUUGGCUCUGCGAGAGGGAGCAACAGAGUACCACGCAAAGCCUACCAACCUCGUGAUGCAGUCGCGAUGCCAACCGCUAGAACUAGCGACUUGGCUGACUUUUUGAUGAGCGAGCCUCCUAGCUCUAUGCAGACGCAACCGCAAACUUUUGUGCCGAAUAUCCACAAAGAGGAAACCAGUACCUUUUCAAGAAUGUUCAGCCGGAAGAAGGUGCAUUAG